AUGAUCAUGGCAGCAACCUCAGCAACAGCCCAAAUUCACAUCCUAGGAAACAACAAUAGUUCUUUUUUAGGACAAAAACUUGGGUACAAAAACAACAGAUUUCCUGUACUAGUAAACUUUAGGAGGAGGAAUGAGCAUAAUCUAGAAUACUCUAAAAGGUUGAGUACUCUAAGAGUGGUGUGUGAGAAGGUGGUGGGUAUUGAUCUAGGGACUACAAACUCCGCGGUGGCAGCUAUGGAAGGAGGGAUGCCAACCAUCAUAACUAAUGCUGAGGGGCAGCGAACCACGCCGUCAGUGGUGGCUUAUACCAAGAGUGGGGAUCGCCUCGUAGGACAGAUUGCCAAGCGACAGGCGGUGGUUAACCCGGAGAAUACGUUCUUCUCUGUUAAGCGGUUCGUAGGGAGAAAAAUGGGGGAGGUUGAUGAGGAGUCUAAGCAAGUGUCUUAUAAGGUUGUUAAAGAUGAGAAUGGAAAUGUUAAGCUUGAGUGUCCUGCUAUAUCUAAACAAUUUGCUCCUGAAGAGAUCUCUGCUCAGGUGUUGAGGAAGCUUGUGGAAGAUGCAUCAAAGUUUUUGAAUGAUAGUGUUAAUAAGGCAGUGAUCACUGUGCCUGCUUAUUUCAAUGAUUCUCAAAGAACUGCUACAAAGGAUGCUGGUCGAAUUGCUGGACUCGAUGUUCUUCGGAUCAUCAAUGAACCUACAGCUGCGUCGUUAGCUUAUGGGUUUGAAAAGAAGAACAAUGAAACAAUCUUGGUGUUCGACCUUGGAGGUGGUACUUUUGAUGUUUCGGUUCUUGAGGUUGGAGAUGGAGUUUUUGAGGUGCUAUCUACAUCAGGAGACACUCAUUUAGGAGGUGACGAUUUUGAUAAGAGAAUUGUUGAUUGGCUGGCUGACAAUUUUAAGAAGGAUGAGGGUAUAGAUCUUCGGAAAGACAAACAAGCUCUUCAACGUCUAACUGAAUCUGCCGAGAAGGCAAAGAUUGAGCUUUCGACUUUAACUCAGACUAGCAUUAGCCUACCUUUUAUUACUGCAACACAAGACGGCCCUAAACAUAUUGAUACGACCCUCACGAGAGCAAAGUUUGAAGAGUUAUGUUCAGACUUGCUUGACAGAUUGAAGACACCUGUUGAAACUGCUUUAAAAGAUGGAAAGCUUUCAUUUAAAGACAUAGAUGAAGUUAUCCUUGUUGGUGGAUCAACAAGGAUACCUGCUGUACAGGAUCUCGUGAAAAAGAUGACUGGCAAGAAUCCAAAUUGUAGUGUCAACCCUGAUGAAGUAGUUGCCCUAGGUGCUGCUGUUCAGGCUGGUGUGUUGGCUGGAGAUGUUAGUGACAUUGUUCUAUUAGAUGUAACUCCAUUAUCUCUGGGGUUAGAGACACUUGGUGGUGUUAUGACAAAAAUCAUACCAAGAAACACGACAUUGCCUACUUCGAAAUCAGAGGUUUUCUCAACUGCCGCAGAUGGGCAGACAAGCGUCGAGAUCAAUGUUCUUCAAGGAGAAAGAGAGUUUGUGAGAGAUAACAAGUCACUCGGGAGCUUCCGGUUAGAUGGAAUUCCCCCGUCCCCUCGUGGGGUACCCCAAAUUGAAGUCAAGUUCGAUAUUGAUGCCAAUGGGAUUCUCUCUGUGACUGCUGUCGACAAAGGAACAGGAAAGAAACAGGAUAUUACUAUAACUGGUGCUAGCACCUUACCCACAGAUGAGGUAGAGAAAAUGGUUCAAGAAGCUGAGAGAUUUGCAAAGGAGGAUAAGGAAAAGAGAGAAGCAAUUGACACAAAGAACCAAGCAGAUUCUGUAGUGUACCAAACUGAGAAGCAGUUGAAGGAGUUGGGGGAAAAGAUCCCUGCCGCAAUAAAGGAAAAGGUUGAGGCCAAAUUAAAAGACCUCAAGGAUGCUAUUGAAGAUGGCGUGACUCAGAAGAUUAAGGAUGCUAUAUCUGCAGUAAACCAGGAAGUACUGCAGAUAGGGCAAUCUAUGUACAGUCAGCCAGGAGCAGCUGGGGCGGGUCCUACAGCUAAUUCGGCUGCUGGUCCAACAGAGCCUACUGGAACCACCAGUUCUGAUGGUAACGGAGAUGUGAUAGAUGCUGAUUUUAGCGAAAGCAAGUGAGGAAAUUUUCUUGCAGUACAUUUAUGAUUCAGCUUGUUAAGUUAGCAUUGUAAUUUUAAUUAAAAAACAUAGUAUAGCAUGUGUAUAGAUUAUCCGUGGUUCUAUGAAAUAUUUGAGCUGUAUUACUGUAUAUGAGUAGGAAUUAGGUGAAUGUGAAAGUGAUUUCAAUGAUAGAUCACAGUGGUUGUUUCUGACAGUUAUUACUCAGUGCAAAAAAAUGAACUCUGUUCAAGUUUAUUA